UUGGAGAGAGAAUCUUGAAUUUCAGCGAUGGCGGAAUGCAUUGACGUGAAGCUCUCUCCUGCACCGGACCAAAGGAUUCCGUUGAUGAGAUCAAGAAGAGGACGGCGGCGCGGCGACACGUGGGUGGUGUCGGUGUUCGUCAUAAUCCAAAUCGGUGUUUUCAUCGCCACCAUGCUCGUCAACGAUUGCUGGAACAAUUCUCACGGCGAUUGCGUUCUCCAACCCCUCGGAAGGUUCUCCUUCCAGCCUCUUCCCGAGAAUCCUCUCUUGGGCCCUUCUCAGUCCAAGUUAGAUGAAAUGGGAGCUCUUCGAUGGAACCUUUUGACAGAGCAUCAUCAAACAUGGCGCCUUUUCACAUUUCCAUUUCUGCAUGCUGGACUCUUCCACCUGCUCCUCAAUCUCUCCAGUGUCAUCUAUGUGGGAGUUAACCUAGAGCACCACUUUGGACCCAUAAGGAUUGGUAUAAUCUAUGCAUUGUCUGCCUUUGUGGGUUCCUUGGUGGCUUCUCUUUUUCUCCAAAACAUCCCCGCUGUUGGUGCUUCCGGUGCUUUAUAUGGAUUACUGGGAACAUUGCUUUCGGAACUUGUUUGGAACUGGAAAUUCCAUUCCAAUAAGAUUUCAGCAAUAGCAUCAUUAGUCUUUGUCUUUGUGUGCAACUUCGUCCUUGGUUUUCUGCCUUAUGUAGACAAUUUUGCAAGCAUGGGAGGUUUCAUAUCAGGAUUCCUUCUUGGAUCUGUUUUUUUACUAUGCCCUCAGAUCCAACCUGUAGCUCCAAAUAAAGGAGGCCUGAUUGAUUAUGGGGUCAAAAGUUACGUCAAGUUAAAGUUGAAGGAAAAGCUGGACAGACCAGUUCUCAGGAUUGUUUCUCUUAUCCUCUUCAGCCUUUUAUUGGCUGGUUGUCUUGUGGCUGUUCUUCAUGGAAUCAACAUCAGCAGUUAUUGCACAUGGUGUCCAUAUGUCGACUGUAUCCCUUUUACAAGCUGGCACUGCAAAGACACAGAAACCUCUUGUGAGACAAUGGUGAGCAAUGCUCAGCUGACAAUGACCUGUAUUGGGAAUGGCAAUUUCCGAGUAUUUCCUUUUACCAACAUCUCUCGGGCAAGGUUUAAUGAUUUGUGCAAUCUGAUAUGCUGAUGAGACUAGUUGUUUCAAUGAUUCUUUUAGCACCAAAUUACCAGGAAAUUUGGAUAGCUGAUUUAGCUUUAUGUCUUACCAAGCUGUUGUUUCUUUUUUUCUGAAUGUAAAGAAAUUGGAGCUCAGUGAGAAGCUCAAGGAAACUGAUUAGACCCAAAUUGAUGAGUCUGUGGACCAUGUCUUUGGUUGUAAAUACUCUACUACCUGGGUGUAACAUUUCUUGUUCCUGGGCAAGAUGAAUCCUUUUCAUGCUUGUAGAAAAUUGAAGUUGUGGAAAAUAACAAGUGAUUUCAUGUCUUUGGUUUUUCUUA